AUGUCAUUUACCAUAAAAGAUAAAGAAAAUAAUGAUAAAUAUUGUUACGAAUGUCUUCAAAAGAAUGAAAAAGAACAUAUUUGUUCAUCUCAAUUAUUAUCUGAUUCUGCUUAUACUUUAUCGGAAAUGACAACUGAACAAAUCAAUACCUUAGAAACAUUUUCAUUAGCACAUAUUCAUACGAAAUGUCAACAAGAUUUAGAAGUUUGGCAUUCGGCUGCUGUUAAUCAUCUUUCACAAAUCUUUAAUCAACGUUUAAUUGAUUUAAAUCAAUUAUUUCAAAAUGAUAUUCAACCAAAUCUUACUGAAUAUAAACAGAAAAUGAUUGAACAAUUGAAAAAUAAAAUUAUUCCAAGAAUUAAUCANAUGACACCGGAAGAAGAAGCUUUUCAAUUUUAA